UGACUGCUGCAGCCCAACACCAGCCCAGAGAACCAAGGGACCCAGAAAGACAACAGCCCAGCACCAGGGUACAAGGGGAGACUACGACAGCCCAGAAUCAGGGACAGACCACUGCCCCAGAUCAAAGCACCAAGGACAAAGAGAGACGACAGCCACAGACCAGCACCAGAGCACCUAGGGACAGGGAGAGACUAGUUCCAGAGAUGGCCUCGGCCGGCCUGGAGAUCCUGGGUAUGAUCCUUUGUGUGUCAGGCUGGCUAGGGGUCAUGGUGGCUUGUGGCCUGCCAAUGUGGAGAGUAGCUGCCUACAUUGGCCAGAACAUCGUCAUCUCUCAAGUGAUCUGGGAGGGCCUGUGGAUGAACUGUUCUGUCCAGAGCACGGGCCAGAUGCACUGCAAAGUCCACGACUCCAUGCUUGGACUCCCUGUGGACCUGCAGGCGGCCCGUGCCCUGGUCAUUGUCUCUAUGGUGCUGUGCAUCAUGGGCAUCGGCCUGUCUGUAGCCGGGGCCAAGUGCACCAACUGCAGCUCAGACACAGGCAGCAAGCCUCGCAUGGUGCUGGGGGCCGGAGUGACCUUCAUCGUGGCGGGGCUGUUGCUGCUGACAGCCGUAUCGUGGACGGCUAACACCAUCGUCUUGGAUUUCUAUGACCCAAUGAUGGAGGAGACAGGGAAGAGGGAGUUUGGGAACUCACUGUAUUUUGGAUGGGCUGCCUCCUGUCUGCUUCUCCUAGGGGGAGCUCUGCUCUGCUGCUCCUGUCCCCUGAAAGCACCCCAGGGUGUUAGCGGGGCUGGGUCUGGACCCAACAGGGUGAUGAACUACUCUGCGGUCAAAUACCCCAUGUCUGUCAAUGGAUAUGUGAGGAGGGACUAUGUGUGAGAGAGAGUGUGUUCAAUGGCUUUAGUAUAGAGACAGCCCCUUGAGACUGAUGGGACUAGUGUUAGCGCCCCCCCUUUCCUGACUGGGUUAGCGAAGAAUAAAUGCAGUAUGAACGAUUGGCGAUUAAUGCUAGAUUGUGUUUUACAUAUAUGAUUUCUGUAGAGUUGGAGACAUGCAUUUAUAGACAAUUCAAGUAAAUGUAGAUGGUAGGAUUAGAGAAAUAUCUUAUUCAUGUUUUGCUGUUCGGAAAUAGUUUUUGUACGAAAUUUCACAUGAAUGUUACUCAGUGAUGACGAUGUAGAUCAUGAAAAUGUUAAGUUGAAAAUGUUUAGUUUAAAA